AUGGCCCUUGAGAAGCUCAAGCCAUCGGACCCGCGGGCCACGCACCACAAGGUGACGGUCAACGGACGGACCUACCACUACCGGCUGGUACAGCCACCGAAUGGACGGACACCCACGGGCACGAUUGUGCUGAUCCACGGGUUCCCCGACCUCGGUCUUGCCUGGCGGAACCAGGUACCGGUCCUGGCCGAGGAGCUGGGCCUGCAGGUGAUUGUGCCGGACAUGCUUGGCUACGGCGGGACAGACGCGCCGGACGAGAUCGAGGCGUACCGGCAGAAGAGCAUGUGCAGCGACCUGGUUGCGCUGGUGGACCACGUGGGCGUUGUGGGCAACGACAGCGAGGACGACAAGCGCUUCUUUGUCGGCGGUCACGACUGGGGUGGAGCGAUGACCUGGCGGAUGGCGCUGUGGCACGGAGACCGGCUGCGUGGCCUCUUCAGCGUCUGCACGCCCUUCUUUCCGCCGGCGACGGGGGCGUUUAUGCCGCUGACGGAACGCGUCAAGGUGCUGCCCAACUUCCAGUACCAGCUGCAAUUUGCUGGCGACGAGCUCUGGCGCGCGGUCGAGGGCGAGACCAAGACCCGUCAGCUGCUCGACUGCAUCUACUUUGGCGCCAACGAAAAAAAGGUCGACGGUAAGCCGCGACACUGCUUCUCGACCGAGCGCGGCUUCGACAUUCCUCGGCUGGCCGACAUGGGCCCGACACCGCUGCUGAACACGGAGGAGAUUGAGUACUACACCCGCGAGAUCGCCCGGCACGGCCUCCGCGGGCCCACGAACUGGUACCGCACGUCGCAGCUCGACUAUGAGGAUGAGCGCGUGCUCAUCAAGGGUCCGCACGGCGUCGACAAGCUGACCAUGCCGGCGCUCAUGAUCACGGCCGAGGCCGACGCGGCCCUGCCGCCUACCCUGACCGCCAACAUGGACAACUAUAUCGUGAACCUCACCAAGGGCAACGUGCCCGGCGGCCACUGGGCGCUGUGGGAGGCGAGCGAGGGCGUGAACAGCUACAUCAAGAGCUUCCUGGCGCCGCUGCUGAGCACGAACAAGGCGUCGAUCUGA